AUGCACGCGUGCGACCCGAAGACCCACUUGCACCGCUUGUUCUUGUUGCACUUCUUCUCCUCCGCGAGCGCGGCCCGGCCGCAGCCCCGGACCUUGGGCUUGCGGGCCGUGGCCACGGGCGCGGGCGUGGGCUCGGGCGUGGGCUUGGCCGUGGGCUUGGCCGUGGGCGCGGGCGUGGGCUUGGCCGUGGGCAUGUCCGGCGUCGGCGGCUCGGUGGGCAGAGCCGUGGGCAGCGGCACCGGGAUCGGCGUCGGCCGGCUCGUCGGGAUCGCCGUCGGCUCGCCCGUCGGGGCCGACGUGGGGAACAGCGACGGCGCCGGGGACGGCGCCGACGAGGGCUCCGGGCUCGGGAUCGGCGUCGGCGCCGGGAUCGGGAUCCCCGUGGGCUGGGGGAUCGGCACAGCCGAAGGCUUGGGCACGGGCAGAGCCGUCGGCGACGGCGUCGGGAAGGCGCUGGGCUCUUCCGUCGGCGCGCUCGUCGGUCCCGCCGUGGGCACGGAAGUCGGAAACGGGACCGGGGCCGACGUGGGGACCGACGUGGGGGCAGGUACCGGGGAAUGCGUCGGCUUGGAUGUAGGCGUGGCGCUGGGCCUCGACGUCGGGACGGCGCUGGGCUUGCUCGUCGGCAGCGAGGUCGGCUCGAUCGACGGUUUGCUCGUGGGCACGAACGUGGGCUCCGACGUCGGGAGGCCCGUCGGGCUCGGCGUCGGGUACGACGUCGGCGCGAACGACGGUUGCGUCGAGGGUAGGCCCGUGGGCGCCGCGCUCGGCUUGUCGGACGGCGCGAACGUGGGCUCGGACCUGUGUGGAAAUCAAUCAGCCACUGGUUUGGGACGUCGGGGCCAAACUUCAGAAAUCUCUAGCUCGGUCAAAUCGAAGUCGAUUCGGCUGAUUUUUGGACGAAUCGAUCGCUCUCGUCGAGCUCUCGAAGCAGAGUCGAAGAUUCUGGUCCAAACCGUUCGAAUACGCGCACAUUGA